AUGCUGGAACUAGAACAUGGUCUUAUAAGGCAGGUGGAGCACGCCCAUACAAGGUGCUGGGUGUGUGUGCUGAGCUGCCUUCUGCUCGCCUGUGUGUACGUUGGCAGUUUAUAUGUCUGGAGAAGCAGCUUACCCAGGGACCAUCCUAGUGUGAUAAAGCGUCGCUGUGUCAGUGUGCUGCUGGUCUCUGCACUGUCACCUGCAGCAGUGAAGGCAUGGAUUCACUGGGCUGAUAUCAGGGUCGAUGCGUCUGUAUGGGAGCUGAUGGGGGUUCGUCUGGAAGGUUUUGUUCCUGCACUCAUACUGCCACUGCUACUAACCAUGGUUUUUUAUCUUGGUCCCCUGGUUCAUUCCGCAAUGGACAACCCUAAUGGCUUCACUACGGAACUGCAGUCUGCACUGGAUGUUCAGUCGUGGAGACUCUCACUAGGAGACGUAGUGUGGCUCAGGAACCAGGUGGUGGCGCCAGUGACGGAGGAGCUGGUGUUCAGAGGGGCCAUGCUGCCCAUGCUGGUGCCCUGUGCAGGACCCACAGCUGCCAUCUUUAUGGCUCCACUCUUCUUCGGUGUCGCUCAUUUCCACCACAUCAAAGAGCAACGGCGCCUCCAGAAGGAUAGUAUGAGAGUCAUUCUUCUGGUGGCAGGGAUGCAGUUCUUGUACACAACUGUGUUUGGUGCCUUCACUGCCUUCAUAUUCAUGAGAACUGGUCAUAUUGUGGGCCCAGUUUUGUGCCACUCGUUCUGUAACAGUCAGGGCCUGCCUGACAUUGGCUCCGCCCUGCAGCACCCUCAACGCACAGCUCUACUCUUCCUAUAUCUGAUGGGAGCCCUGCUGUUUCUGGUGCUGCUCUUCCCGCUGACAGACCCCUUCUUCUAUGGUGCCAUUCCCGUCUGCAGCCUGGCUCCCGCUCCCGCGCCUGUAUGCUAG